GUCGUCCUUGAGGCAAGGCGCGGACGCCGCUAAUAGCGACAGUCCGCGGGAAGUGUUCUGCCGACACCGCAGCAUGCGGCGCGUCUUCUACCUCCUCCUGGCGUUGGUGCUGUUGCACGAAGUGCCGACAGCUGUGGGUCAGGACAGUCCAUGUCGCCUACCGAAAGAACAGGGGCGAUGUCGUGCUAGUAUAUACUCAUAUUACUUUAACCCACAAACUGGGCAGUGCGAAUCAUUUCAAUAUGGCGGUUGCGGAGGAAAUGCCAACAGUUAGCGUACUUGUAACAGCAGCUGGAUGGACUCAGCCAAAAGAAUGUUUCUUGCCGCUGAAAAUCGGGCCAUGCAAGGCACUUAUCAGACGAUAUGCAUAUUUUCAAUCGUCUGGUACAUGUGAAAUGUUUUCUUUUGGAGGAUGCCAGCCAAAUUUGAACAAUUUCAAGACAAAGGAAGCAUGUGAAGAAAGGUGUAUAGAUAUUGACUACGAAUAUUAAGGGAUUGAACUAUAAAGAUCACAACUUAAGCAUUUCUAUGUACUGUCUAUUUUAAUUAUUUCUUAAUCUUCUUUUAAUAAUCUUCUGAAAAUGUAAAGUUUAAAUUUAUUAAAUGUGUACAUACGAGGUAACUUCGGAGAUAAUAUUCUCACUCAAUAUAAUAAAGCUCACAUUAAAAAUCUAAAAUACUUGAUAAAUAUUAAUGAAAGCUUAAUAAUAAAUAAUAUUUUUUCAU